AUGCGGUCGGCUGCGAGGAGCCGAGAGCACUGGCGCGAGGCGCUGCGCCUGCUCGAUGUCAUGGCCAGCCGCGGCGUGCGGCCGAACGCGCACGCGUACGCCGCGGCGGCGGUGGCGUGCGAGACUGGCGGCCGGUGGGAGGUUGCAAUCUCGCUCCUCGACCGGAUGCGCGAGCAAGGUCUGCCUCCGAGCGUCAUCGUCUAUUCGGCGGUCAUGGCGUGCUGUGGCGCCGAGGGGCGGUGGGAGGAGGCGCUGCAGCUGCUCGCCGCGAUGAAGGCGGAGAGGCUGGCAGUCGAUGUUCCCGCAGUCAACAUUGCGAUUUCCGCGUGCGCCCGCGGCCGCGCGUGGCGGGAGGCGUUGCUGCUCCACGAGCAGCUGAGAGCGUGGUGCAGCUCUGCCGAGGGGCGGCGCGGCGGCCAGAUGCUGACUGAGCGCACGUGGGGCGCCACCAUCGGCGCGAUGUACAAGGGCGGGCAGUGGAGAAAGGCGGCCGAGCUGGUCGGCGAGAUGCGGCGGGACGGGCUCGCGCCCAACCUCGCGUGCUACACGCCCGCGCUGGCCGCGUGUGCCGAUGCGGCGGAGUGGCGGCCAGCGCUCGAGCUGUGGGAGAGCUUGCUGCGAGACGGGAUCACGCCCGACGCGCUCGCCGCCGGCGCGGCGCUCGACGCUUGCCUCGCGGGGAGGGUGCCGCAGUCGGGCCUGGCCGUCGUCGAGCAGCUCGAGCAGGCUUAUUAA